AGUCAUCAUAACCCAACAUUUUAUAGUUUCAAAAAUUCUUCUCCUCUUUCCUUCAACGUUGUGGCUUGUUGGGCCUCCCCAGUGUGUUCAGUUUUUCGUCAUUUAAUUGUUUGUUAGAAUAAUGAGUGCUCCUAAAGAAUUGAUCCGUUCAGUAGUGUUCAAUUACCUAUCGACUGAAGACAAAAAUUUGGCCGAGGCUUAUAAGAAAAAGUACAAUGUGCAAAAAUUAGCAAAUGGAUCACCAUCCCUCACAGACAUAAUAGCCACUUACCAAAAGAAAAAUAAAAAUCAACUUCAAUUAGUUGCCAAUGGUAAACCAGAAGAUAGCAGCGAUGAUUCGUCAUCGGAAGAAGAAAUACCUAAACCUACCCCAGCAAAAACCGUAGUUGUUAAGAAAGAACCCGAAAGCAGUUCAGAAGAUAGUAGUUCUGAAGAAGAAACUAAACCUACUCCAGCAGUAGUCAAAAAACCAGUUGUAGUUGUACCCAAAAGAAAAGCGGAAAGCUCCAGUGAAGAUAGCUCAGAAGAAGAAAAACCCGCUGCCAAAAAAACUCCAGUUAGCAAACCUGUAGCUAACGGAAUUGUUAAGAAAGCAACUAAACAAGAAUCUAGCUCAGAGGACUCGUCUGAUGAAGAGGAAGCUCCCAAAAAGCCACCAACGCCCGCAAUUAAAACUCCUGUUGUGACACCAGCCCAAAAGAGAAAACAUGAUAGUUCAGAUGAUUCAUCAGAUCAGGAUGAUCCUCCUGCUAAAAAACAGAAUAUUGCUAAACCAGUAGUCAAAAAAGCAGAGAGCAGUUCAGAUGAUAGUAGUAGUGACGAAGAAGAAGUGAAAAAACCAGUUGCCCCAGUAAAAAAACCUGCUACUCCACAAGCUCAAAAACCACCAGCUAAAAAAGAGAGCAGCUCAGAUGAUAGUAGUUCAGAAGAAGAGGCACCCAAAAAACCAGCAGUAGUUCACAAACCUGUUGCAAAACCCCCAGUUAAAAAAGAAAGCAGUUCAGAUGACAGUAGUAGCGAGGAGGAACAAGUGAAAAAACCUGCAGUUCAAACUAAAAAACCUGUCCAACAAGCUAAAAAAGAGAGUAGCUCAGACGAUAGUUCUGAAGACGAGGCACCACCUCCAAAAAAAUCAGCGCCUGUUGCAGCAAUCAAAGCCAAACCAGCCGCUGUUGCAGUAUCAAAAGCCAAACCAGCAGAAAGCAGUUCAGACGACAGUAGUUCAGAAGAAGAAGCUGCUCCGGUCAAAAAAGCUGCACCUGUGACUACUCCAAAGCCUGCACCGAAAAAAGCUGCAAGUAGCUCAGACUCUGAUAGUUCUGAAGAGGAGGAGGAAAAACCUAAACCUGUUGCAAAAGUUGCUGCACCUGCUAAAAAAGCUAAAGCAGAAAGCAGCUCAGAGGAAGACAGUUCGGACGAAGAAGAAACUCCUAAACCAAAAGCAACAGUUAAAGCAGUGAAAAAAGAAGAAAGUUCGUCGGAAGAGGACAGUGAUGAUGAGACUGAGAAGAAACCAAUGGCAGUAUCAACUCCUGCUAGUAAAAAGAAUAAUGAUUCAAUGCAGAAUGGCGAUGAGGAAAACGAAGGUUUCAAAAUAAAGAAACCAAACUACAGCAAUUUUGUUAAAUCAGGUCAAUCAGAUGGUCAAGAUAGUGAUGGUAAUAAUUCGUUUGGUAGGGGUGGCAGAGGGGGUCGCGGAGGGCGAGGCGAUUUCCGUGGAGGUCGUGGUGAUUUCCGCGGAGGUCGCGGAGGCCGCGGGGGUGGCGAUUUCCGGGGAGGUCGUGGAGGUGGCGAUUUCCGCGGAGGUCGCGGGGGUAGAGGCGGUUUCGGAAACAGAAAUUCGUUUGGCGACGAUCGUGGGGGUCGCGGAGGUCGUGGAGGUUUCAGGGGCGGUUUUAGAGGGGGCAGAAAUGACGAGGGCGGCGAAAGGAGGUCGUUCGGUGAUAACAGGGGCGGACGAGGGGGUUUUAACAGGGGCAGAGGGAGUUUCAGUCAGAGAGACAGUUUUGGAGCGCAGCCGGAAAAUAAGAAGAUAACCUUUGACUAGAUUUAUAAUGAUUACCCGUGCCUGUUUAAUUCCCGAGGUUCGUGGGGUGAACGAGCCAACUUAGACCUAAAACACACCCGUGGAAAAUCCUUCAGGCAUGAAAAAACUAAGAAAAAACGUGGAUCCUAUAGGGGCGGUACCAUAGAUUUUUCAGUAAAUUCUAUAAAGUUUGAGUAAAAAUUAUAAUAUGACGCAAAAUGUCUUAGAGCUCUAGGUUCUGCAUAUAAAUUGAAACUUUGGUUAGCUAGCCAAUGAAGGUUGAUUUGGCAACUUUAUUUAUUUGACUCCUGAAAUAAUUGACUUUUUAAUCAAAACUGAAUCUUAACCAACGGCUAGCUAAUUUAUAGUUCUAAUUUGUUUAUAGAACAGGGUAUAGUUUAAGUGUUUAUUUUUACUUACAUAAGU